AUGCCUCCAACUGAACCUCCAUCUUCUCAACCAACUUACUCUCCAUCGACUUCUUUACCAAUGAAUCAAAAUAAUAAUAAUGAUUGGCCUCCACCUCCAAAUUAUCAAUCUGAACCACCACAAUAUACUCCUCCUUCCACUAAUCAAAUUAGUUCCAAAAAUAAUAAUUCGGAUGUUAUACUUGAAGCUGGAAAUUCAAAUUAUAAUGACGAUGUAAUAAAACCAAAGUUGCAAACUGAUAGGUCAAUUAGAAUGGCCUUUGUAAGAAAAGUAUAUUUUAUUCUUACAGUACAAUUACUUCUCACAAUUACACUUUCCGUAUUCUUUAUGUAUAACGAACAGAUGAAAGAAUUUGUAAAAGACCAUCAAUGGCUAUUCUUUGUAUCAUGGAUUUUGACAUUUACCACGCUGAUAAUUUUAUUUUGGCAACGAAAGAAAAGUCCUUUAAAUUUUAUUUUAUUAGCAUUAUUCACUAUAUUCAUGUCAUAUGGUGUAGGAACAAUAGUGUCAAUGUAUUCAUCUAAAGUUGUAUUACAAUCUUUCUUAAUAACUUUUGGAGUGUUUUUGGCUUUGGAAGUAUUUACAUUCCAAUCAAAAUAUGAUUUUUCGUCGUGGGGUCCAUUUUUAUAUGCUUCAUUAUGGAUUGUAAUUUUUGCUUCAGUAAUUGGAUGGCUGUUUCCUUAUGAUAAAGGAUACCAUUUGGCCAUAAGUAUUGUUAGUGCUUUGUUAUUUAGUGCUUAUAUCAUUUAUGAUACUUAUAUGAUAUUUAAUCGAGUUAGUCCUGAGGAGUAUAUAUUAGCAGCAGUAGAUUUAUAUCUUGACGUACUUAACUUAUUUGUAGCAAUUGUAGCGAUUAUCGGUGGAACCGGUGACCGAUAA